UGUAAAAUGUUAAAUGUACAGCUCCAGGGGUACAGCAGCUAAACCCCAGCUCUGUGUGAGGCCUCCUUCAGACGGGCCCACUGAAGCACCCAAUGGAAUCUGUCGGAACUGCAAGAUGGAACUGCGGCCUCAAAGCACAGCCAAACAUGACUCCAGCAACAAUGGGGACAAACAGCCUGGCCACUCACAGAUUAGCCCUGUGAGGGAUGACCUGACACCUGACAACACCAAUACAGGGACAGGGGAAGGAGAAUUGCCCCAGACUAAAGAUAUUUGCCGGCUCGCAAACACUGAAGAAAUGGUUACGCCGCAGGAUGGAUCAAAUGUAGAAGACAACAGCUUGGAGUUGGAGGGAGAAUUCCCUGUGUUUGUUGAGGAGGCUGAGAUAGAUAUCCCCAUGUUUGUUGAAGAGGCUGAGAUUAAGAUCAGAAAUUGUACAUUUGGAUCCACCUUGAAACUCCCUUAUCCGAAAAACAGUGGUCUGGCCAGCCCAUCGGGCCGUCUGUCCCCUUGCUUUCUGCAGAGGCUGGAGGGCAGUGUGGGUGUGGGCAGGGAACUGAGGCAAGACCUGGGGCUGCAUGGGGCCUACUCCACCUUCCUCUCAAAAGCAGAGAUCACAGUGGAGGAUGCCAACCUCGUGAUGGAGGGACCUGGGAAGCAGAGCGUUGUGCGAGGAAAGAUUUAUYAAUACUACGUGGAAUCUUCCUCGCACUCCAUCACAGACUCCAUAUUAGGUCUGUUUGAGGGGAAUUCACUGGACUCACAGUCGGUGGAGUUUGGAAGAUGUGGCAGCAGCCUCACUGAGCCUCCCUUGUCCCUGAGCCCCAUCAUAAGUGAACUGGUUCAGAGGCCGUUCUCCCCAGUUAGUUCAGAGCCCACAUCUCCCAAUAAGRGAGCACUCAUACGCAAGGACAGCUACCUCACAGCAUCUGAAAAUUCAGAGCUCCAGAUCCCCCCUCUGACACCCAGAGCCUCAACCCCACUGAGGCCCCACUCUCGGGCCUCUUCAUCAGGGGAUCCCAGCCCUGUCAGCCCACUCAGUCCUACCACAGACACCAGGCACCCCAGUGCAUGGGAGGAGCACAGCCUAGAAACCAUAGCUGGGGCCAAAUGUAUAAAUCUGCCUCCAGAAAUCAUGGGCAGCUCAGAGUUGGAGAUCUUUAAGGCCAAGGUUGAUUUGGGCAACUGCGUGGAGGUGGAGCUGUCUAAGAAGCAUGGGCAGGCCCCUCUGCAGCAGUCAGCUCUUAGAGUGAUGUCUGACAACUACCUCCAGAUCCGCAGGGACCCAGGUCUGUAUGGGAGGCUGAGAGCAGGCGAUCAGGAUGAGAUCCAGAAACAGCGUAUGAGAGGAAGGCAGUUCCUAAUGGCAGGCAACAUGGGCCCUCAGGACUGGGUGGGGAGUAGUCCUCAAGGGACAAAAAGGGAGCAGGGAGUCACCAACAUACCAUGUAGUGGUCUCUACUAUUAUGAUGAUUAUAAAGACAGCUGGCACCCACUGUGUCCCAUCCCUCAGGAAGUCAUCUCCAAAGGCUGUGCCAUGUGCACUAUGGACAACUACUUAUUUGUAGCAGUGGGGGGCUGCCAGCAGGGCGCAGAUAGAGAGAUGAAGCCUUCCAAGAGAGUGUUCUGCUACAACCCCGUAACAUCAAUUUGGAAAGAGAUCAGUCCUAUGAACGAGUUCAGGCGCCACUGCAAACUGGUAGCCCUGCAGGGCUACAUCUAUGCAAUCGGAGGGGAGUGUCUGUCUACCGUAGAGCGCUAUGACCCCCGCUCUGACAGAUGGACUUUUGUGGCCCCACUGCCCAAUGAUACAUUUGCUGUGGCCCAUCAUGUCACAGUGUGCAACGGGGAGCUCUUUGUUCUAGGGGGAACACUGAGAUACACACUGUUGCGCUACAACCCAAAUAUCAACGUGUGGAGGAAAAGCUCAAUAACGGGCAGCAAAGAGAGGACCACCGAGAUAGUGGGAGUGAGGAACUUCCUGUAUCGCUUUGAUGUCAGCCCGCAGCUAGGCAUCAGUGUGUACCGCUACCACACUGUGGCACGACUAUGGUACGAGUGCUGCACCAAACGCCUUGACCAAUGCCUCGCCUUCCAGUGUGUCGCCUUGGACGACACCAUCUACUGCAUGAGCCACCAGUUCACCAUGAGCUUCCUGGCUGAUGAGAUCUCUCCAAGAUUUGUAUCGGAUGAUUUGAGUGUCCUCUCUGGAGCCAAGGGCAUCCUUUUCCCGUUUUUCCUCUCACUUCCUGAUACGAAGGCUCACCAGACCAGUGUGUAACCAGGAAUGCUUCUCCUCAGCACAGACAAGGACAGAGCAGUGAGGGACUAUCUAAUUUACUUGUGCACCAAGGCCAUUUUUCAGAGCUGAGUGUAUCCUACUGAGAAGCACAGCUGUCUUAAUCAGAGGCAAUGAAAGUAAAAUAUUAACAUCAUUAAUGGUAAUUCGAUUACGGCUUGUUUAGAUUUAUUUAGGGUACACUGCCAUAGAAAUUCUAUGUAUUGUGAAGGUGUUUUGUUCUUUUCAUUUUUCUCCUGCCUUGCACUACAUUACUCCUAAAUCAUGCAAGAUGUGCACUUUCUCCCCUGUAAUAAUUCAUAAAAAAAUCUUAAGUUAAUUCACUCUAGCCAUAAUGCUUUGGAGCAGUGGGGUAAUAUAGUAAUAAUCCAUCACAGUUGGUUACUAUAUAGGGAACAAAUAUUACUCACACAGAGGACUGGACUCAAUACAAUUAUCCACAUGUGAUCUAUAAAUYUGACAUGAUGUAAAAGAUUGUGACUUACAGCAUAAUGUAUGUGAGCUUCAAUAAACAAAAGUAAUUGCUAAUUUUGAAUCUCUUCCAAGAUUGGAGCAUAGUAUACGCCUGAUUUCUGCUGUUGUUUUCAACAUUGUUGAUAUAAGGAUAGCACUGAACCAUGUUGAGUAAUUCAUGUACCAAAAUAACGAAUGGCUGUAAUGAAAGUACAAAUAUGUAUCCUUACAUUUGUACAGUAUUAAUCAACAGAAGAAAGAAAUAUGCAGAUUUCAUUGAAGGUUACUUAUCUAAGCAGUCAUACAACUCUGUUGAAAAAAAAAAACUGAAAGCAUUUUGUGCAACAAUGUGCUAGCUAUUAUGUCAUGUGGUUAAACAUUAUUAAAAUUACAUUGAUUUUCCUUCCAAACAGUGACAGAUUUCCAAUGAUAAGUCAUCAACAAUCUAACAAACAGAGCUCUGCUGUGUGAUGUGUCGUUUCUGACAGCAGACUUCAUCAAUGCAUUUGUAGGAGGAUAGAUGUGACUGUUAAUGGAUGUGUUGCGUAAUUACAUAGACAAUAUACAUAUUUGAAUUAAAAGUAUAAUUCUUUGUUCAUUUAAA